AUGGCUGAGAAGUGCGUCCACCAGGGCUGCGGGAAGCUCUACACCGAUCCCGAGGAGGUCUGCGUCUACCACCCCGGCCCGCCUGUCUUCCACGAAGGCCAGAAGGAAUUCCUCGCCAUCCCACCCUGCACCGAGGGCAAACACUCGACGACCGACCUGCCCCCCAAAGUCGAACAAAAAGAACCCCAAGCCGACGGCGCGCUCGUUGAGAAGCUCGCCGCCGCCUCCGUGGCCCCGACGCCCACCCGCAAGCCCAUCGCCCCGGCCCAGGCGACCCCGGCGCCGCCCCCACCGGCCCCCGAGUCUGAAGACGACGACCCCGCGCUCGCCAUCCCCGCCGAUGCCGUCUGCCGCCGCAAGCCUGCGCGCCAAAUACGCCGGCUCCCCGCGACGGCGGCGGAGUCGUGCGUCCCACCACCCCGGGCGCGCUACCGCGCUGAGGUGCCGCUGUUCGCCCCGAUUGACACGGCGAAGUCGUCGUUCAAGGUCCUUGGCACGAAGCUCGAGGUCACCUUUGUCAAGGCCGACGGCGCGUCUUGGCCGGUCCUGCGCAGCGAUGACCGCUUGGCCGGCGAGAUCUUGCAGAUUGGCAAGGCGGGCGUUGCGCAGCGGUGA